UGCCUGCAAAGUCGCCCGUUGAUUGGCUGGCUGGCAGGCGCGCGCUCCCGUGCACAUCCCAGCUGGUACCUGUCGAGAAGACGCUGAUUGACCGUCGCGCGCAUUAUCGAGCCGCCAUGGAGUUAUUAACUCGAUAUCUGGACAGGAGCAACUCGGUCAGCUCAACCACAACUGUGGACUUGAUCAAAGAGGAGAGGCUGAGGGAUGAUUUGAAGUAUUACUUCAUGAGCCCGUGUGAGAAAUACAGGGCAAGAAGACACAUCCCAUGGAAGUUGGCGGUCCAAAUCCUCAAGAUAGUCAUGAUCACCACACAACUGGUAUUGUUUGGCCUCAACAACCAGCUGGUGGUGUCCUACAAGGAGGAGAACACCAUGGCCCUGAAAAACUUGCUCCUGAAGGACUAUAGCGGCGUGGACGAGGACGACUACUGCGUGGCCGUCUACACGCAACAAGGCGUCUAUGACAGCAUCUUUCAUGUCCUGGAGCAGUACAGCCAGCUGGGCCGCCUGGCUGUGGGUCCCAUCAGUUACGCUGAGGAUGAUGAAGGCCGCCUGCUGCCUCUGGUCGUCUGCAAGAACCUCUACAGGAAAGGCAGCGUCCAGCCUUCCAACGAGGCCUACGACAUAGACGCUCAAUUGGAGACAAUUUGUUUAUCACUCGAUCCAAAGAGGGCACAUGAAUGGAAAACUUCCAACGCUUCCUUUUUCGACCUGGACUUCUACAGGUUAGUGGACAUGAAAAUAAACUUCAAGGUGAAAGGCAUCAACCUCCAGACUGUUCGCUCACGAGAGUUACCGGACUGUUACUCUUUCUCCGUUACGAUCACCUUUGACAACCAGUGUCACAGUGGAAAGGUGAAACUCUUUCUGGACAUCGAUGCCCAGAGCAGCGCAUGCCGAGACUGGAAGAUAUCUGGAACAGCCCAGAAAAACACGCACUAUCUCCUGGUGUUCGACGCCUUCGUCAUUGGGGUGUGCAUCACCUCCGCUGUCUUGUGCACACGCUCCAUCGUGCUCGCCGUCAGCUUGCUGCAGAGAUUCUCCAGAUUCCUCCAUGACAACUACAACCGUAAAGUGUGUGAGGACGACCAGGGAGAGUUCCUCAAUGGCUGGUAUGUGCUGGUCAUUGUCAGCGACCUCUUGACCAUCGUGGGAUCCAUACUGAAGAUGGAAAUACAAGCAAAGAGUCUGACCAGCUACGAUGUGUGCAGUAUAUUUCUGGGAACGUCCACGUUAUUAGUGUGGGUCGGUGUGAUCAGAUAUCUGGGCUACUUCCAGAAAUACAAUGUGCUGAUCUUGACCAUGAAGGCAGCCUUUCCAAAGGUGCUGCGUUUCUGCUGCUGUGCAGGCAUGAUCUACCUGGGAUACACCUUCUGUGGGUGGAUCGUACUAGGACCUUACCAUGAGAAGUUUGAGGGCCUGAGCCUGGUGGCGGAGUGUCUGUUUUCUUUGUUGAACGGUGACGACAUGUUCACCACCUUCGCCCAGCUGAAGGACAAGAACACGCUGGUUUGGCUCUUCAGUCGUGCAUACCUCUACUCCUUCAUCUCGCUCUUCAUCUACAUGGUGCUGUCGCUCUUCAUCGCCCUCAUCACAGACGCCUACGAGACCAUCAAGAAUUACCAGAAGGAUGGCUUCCCGCUGACGGACCUGCAAAAGUUCCUCCACGAUCAGAAGGAUAUCAUAGCUUCAGAGGAGAGCAGACAACCAGACGUCCACAUUCGAUACCCGCUCAUCUGCUGCUGUGCACGAGUCCAUGGAAACGAUGAAGUCACACUCAUCAGCUGACAAAUGUCACACGUCCUAAUGAAGCUUGAUGGGAACUGGACUUGACACAAUCUCCUGUGAGCAUGUGGCUGGCUCCAGCAGGUACAAAGCGUGUGGUGCAAUAGAGACAUCUUCAAGUCUUACCAGAUGAUGUCGGCCAUCAGGCUGACUCUUGUGUGCACAGAUGGUGAAAGGACUGCACGUGUGUUUGUGUGUGGGAAUCUUAC